AAAACAGAUGUUGGUUAGGAUCUUCUCCAGUAUUAUCCACUUUUGGCAAUCACCAAAAACCGCCAAGAUUCCACUCCAAUAACAACUUUGUCGGGUCUACCUUCUGCGUUUCCCAGUGGAACGAUCGGCCUUGCACUUUGGCAACGAUGGAUUUAUUCCUGUAUAAAGAUAAAGGUAAAGCUUCCUGCAGCUGCUUCUGUUGAUGUUCGUAGUAAUUUUUGUAAGGAAGACCAUAUUGAACCAACAAAUAUCAAGAUACCAGUUCUAAGUCAAGUACGAAAAUUUGGUACAUUGCUCCUGAAGUUCUCUGGUGCAAAGAAAAUUUAUGAUCUUAAACUGAACCAUACCUAUGCUCUUGAAAUUCUACGUUGCAUGAGCUACGGAAUUUCAACUCUAAAUGACAACCAGUUCGAUGAAGGUACUGCUCAUGAAGCAAUCUUCCAAGCUGUUAAGCAUGGCAUGAUUGGCAUCAUUGAGUUUGUGGUUAAGAUUAUUCAAGCUAAUCCAGAUUUAAUAUGGUGCAAUGAUAAAAAUUAAAGAGACAUUUAUGUCUGCAAUCGAACAUUGCCAGGAAGAAAUUUUCAGCCUGAUAUAUGGUCUGGACGCAAAGGACGCAUUGGUUACUUUUGCUGAUAAGGAUAAUAACAUGUUACAUCCGACAGGGAAGUUAGCUCCUAAUUCUCAACUUUCUCGCAUCUCUGGUGCAGCUUUGCAAAUGCAAAGAGAACUACAGUGGUUUAAGGAGGUGGAAAACAUUGUUCCACAUAUGUGUAAAGGGGAUUUAAAUCGAGAUGGCGAAACUCCUCAACAAGUGUUUACUAGGAACCACAAGAAAUUGGUAAGAGAUGGGGGGGAAUGGAUGAAGCAAACAGCAAACUCUUCCACAAUUGUUGGUGCUCUCAUCAUAACUAUCAUGUUUGCGGCAGCAUUUACAGUACCUGGUGGUAACAACCAACAUACUGGAUUCCCCAUAUUCUUGGAUACAAAAUCAUUCAUGAUAUUCAUCAUAUCUGAUGCAAUUUCUCUUUUUGCUGCAUCAACAUCAGUUUUGAUGUUUCUCGGAAUUCUCACAACUCGUUAUGCUGAGAAAGAUUUCCUUAAAUCCUUACCAACAAAGCUGAUAAUUGGGCUUUCCACGCUGUUCCUUUCUAUUGCUGCAAUGAUGGUGGCCUUUUGUGCUGCCCUUUUAAUAAUGCUUGUUGGCCAACGGUGGCUUGUCAUUCCAAUAGUUUUGGUGGCUAGUAUUCCAGUCACAUUAUUUGCUUGGUUGCAAUCUCCCCUCUUGGUUGAGAUCUUCAUUUCAACUUAUGGAUCAGGCAUCUUUAAGAGGAAAAUGAAGCGUUGGUUGUAAUUGAGUGUAUGUUUUGUUACACAUUCAAAAUUUAUGGAAGUUUUCUCUUUUUUUCUUUUUUCUUUUUUGUUUAUAUUAUAGAAAUUUUCCUUUAUGUUUACAUAUAAUUUUUUAAUUUAACUUAUAUUUGUAUGAUUAAUAUUUCUUUUAUUUAUAAAAAUAAAUUAAUUGAAAAUUG